AUGUAUGUGGUAGUCUAUUAUCCUUUACUUGCAAGUGCAACAUCAGCAUCUCAUGAAAUUGAAUUAUUAGAAAAUACGAAAGGUUUAUCAUCUAAAGAUGCAUUAAAAAUUUUCAAACAUGUUAUGACUUUAUCGGAUCUAUUUAUACUUGGAAAUAAUGGAAAUUUUUCUGAAUUUGAGCAAGAAAAAAAGUAUGCCGAAUGGUGGAAUAUUACGACAAUGUCUUCGUUUAUAUAUGAAAUUCUUUUAAUGAUUAUUUAUAUUUAA